AUGAGGUUGCCUUUCCAUCUUCCUAGACAACAAACAGUUUGUUUCGGUCCUGAUGAAGAUAUUAAUCAAGUGCUAAACAAACCAUCUAUGAACUCAUCAAUGUUUUUGUCUUGGAUGCAACGUAAUCAAGAUCCUAAAGACCCUGUUGCACGUACACUAACAUAUGUACAGUUUCCACGUCUUUAUGUGUGGAAGCUUGACCAGCGUAUAUGGGUUCCGAGAAUAAAAGGAAAAACAAUUGGAAGAAUUCAUUCCGUUUCUCCGUCUACCGGUGAAGCGUACUAUUUAAGAAUUCUUCUUAACAAAGUUAAAGGACCAACAUCGUUUGAUGAUAUUAAAACAGUUAACGGUCGAGUGUACGAUACUUUUAGAGACGCUUGCUAUGCGCUUGGUUUGUUGGAUGACGACUCGGAGUACAUUGAGGCCAUCAAAGAAGCAAAUAUAUCAGGUAGCGCAGGAUAUAUUCGCAAUUUAUUCGCCACCAUGUUACUGUCAAGCACUUUAUCUAAACCUGAAGUAGUCUGGGAAAGCACAUGGAAGUAUAUGGCAGAUGAUUUUCUGUACAGAUUCUCAAAGUAUCAUCGUGUUUCAGGUUUAUCAAUUCCUGAUGAGCAACUAAAGAAAUAUGUUUUAUGCAAAAUCGAGAAGUUUUUAACUCGGAAUAAUUCAUCGCUUCGAAGAUUUGUAUCAAUGCCUUACCCGGAUACUUCAUCUUUAGAUAACUUUCGCUGCCGAUUGAUUAACGAAGAGCUUGCAUACGACAGAACAGAUUUACAAAAUGUUUAUCAAGGAUCGCGAGGCAAAGAUAAUACUGACCUUGCAAGUUCGGGUUGUCACACAGUUGAUGGAGACAAUGGAGGAGUAUUUUUUGUUUACGGUUAUGGCGGGACUGGUAAAACAUUUUUAUGGAAAACAUUGUCUGCUGCAAUUAGGUCAAAAGGUGAGAUCGUAUUAAACGUUGCAUCUAGUGGAAUUGCAUCAUUGCUGUUGGAUGGAGGAAGAACGGCGCAUUCUAGGUUUCAUAUACCUUUGAAUCUUAAUGAGGAUUCCGUUUGUCACAUUAAACCUGACGAUGAUGUAGCUAAAUUACUACAACAGACCAAACUUAUUAUAUGGGAUGAAGCUCCUAUGGUUCAUAAACAUGCAUUUGAGGCUUUGGAUAGAACUAUGCAUGACAUUUUCAAUAUAUCUAAUUCAUCCAGGUCUGAUGUUGUAUUUGGAGGAAAGGUUAUUGUAUUUGGUGGUGAUUUUAGGAAAAUAUUACCUGUUGUUCCAAACGGUGGAGGACAAGAAAUUGUGAAUGCCUCAUUGUGUUCGUCUUAUCUGUGGAGUAAGUGUAAGUUGUUGACGUUAACUAGAAACAUGAGGUUAACCGUUGGAAGACCAUCAUCUGAAGUUGAAGAGAUCAGUAAUUUUGCAAAAUGGUUGUUGGACGUUGGUGAGGGAAAUGUUGGUGGUUCCAAUGAUGGAGAAGCAAUAAUUGAAAUACCACCUGAGCUUUUAAUUGACAGCAUAUCUGAUCCAAUUUCUAGCCUGAUUGAUUUUGUCUAUCCGUCAAUCUUGGAGAACUACAAUGAUCGUAAUUACUUUAGUAACAGAGCUAUACUUGCGCCUAAGAAUGAGGUUGUUCACGAGAUUAACAACAGAUUGUUGGCAGUUUUCCCAGGUGAAGAAAAAGAGUAUCUUAGUUCUGACAGUCUAUGCCCUACUGAAGAUGGCAAUGUUGAUCAGCAAAAAAUAUACUCACCCGACGUGCUGAAUGGUCUUAAAGUGUCUGGUUUACCAAAUCAUAGGUUAGUGCUUAAAGUUGGUGUUCUAGUAAUGUUGUUGCGAAAUAUUGACCAAUGA